UUAAAGUUAAACAAAUGUCAAGCAACAUCACCUCUACAAACUACUAGUAAUACUACAUCAGAAAUUUCAGAAACUGAUUCUUCUCAUAAUAUGAAUGAAGCUAAUCUAGAAAAUCAAGAGGAGGAAGAUGGAGUAGGAGAUUAUGGCGUUUCAUUAUUACAUUUUGAUUUUAAAACAAAUAAAGACGAAGAAGAGACUCAAUCAUCUUCAUCUAGCAGCUCAGUCUCUCAUUGUCAAGAAGCAACUAUGUCAAAAAAGUCCUCUAAUGGUUCAAUUCAAAUCCCUGGUGACCUUGGCCAGAAUAAACCAAAUCAAAUCAAAUUAAACAAUUACGCGAAAAAAGAUAUCCAUGGAAGGCAAAGAUCAUUUCAAAAAUCAUGGUAUAGAGGCCGAGACUGGUUGGAGUAUAGUGUAGAAGCUGACGCUGCCUUUUGUUUUCCAUGUAGGAAAUACUUGUGUAAUCCAAGUGAUGAAUUUGGACAAACGGGAUUCAGAAAUUGGAAAAAUGCGUUAGCUGCCAAGAAGGGAGUGCUUAAACACGAGAGCUCAAAAGCUCAUUUAAAUUCAAUUACAAUAUGGAAUGAUAAAAAUCAAAAUAUAAACAAUGGUACAGAAAUAACUAAAAUGUUGGGAGGUGAUCAAAUUAAUCGUAAUCAAUAUUAUAUUAAAUCAAUAUUUGAUUUGAUGCUGUUUCUUAGCAUACAAGAGCUACCUUUCCGUGGGACUGGUUCAACAAAUAUUACGGAUGCUGCAAAGAUGAAAACAUAA